AUGGAGGAGUUGCGCCAAACAGCAUUUGCAUAUUACAAGGAUGCCCCGGAGCAAAUCCGGCGGUGGGUGGAUGAGUUUUUCCUGGAAAUGGAUCAUGAUGGGGACGACCGAGUGAGCUUGCAUGAGUUCUUGACAUACAUGGAGAUGCAUGAAGAUUGUAUGCAUCUGAGUAACCCUAGAUUCUUCGAUGAGCUGAAGAAGGAAGGGAGUGAAGAGCUUGAUUUCUUGGACGUGGGAGUUUAUUUUACUUGUGUAAAAUGCUUUGAUCAUGCCAGUGAUGCCGCCAACACAUUCAAUGUUUGUACCGCUUGUUAUGUCGAUGGCAAGUAUGUCCAUGGCCACAAGAAAUUCCUUGAUAACUUCCUACUGCUUCAAACCAAGAGGAUGGAAGCUUUGAACCAGCUGCCAGCAUCAAGCAUUCAUGAGUCAAAGUCACCUGAGUCUCGCAGUACAUCAGAGAUGAGCAAUAAUUCUUCUUCCCGUAGACUCACCCAUGAUCCAAGCAGUUCUGGUGCAUCCACUGAACUGGUUCCCGUGAAUCCAAGGCCUAAAAAUAGGGCAGGAAGGAAAGCGUUGAAAACGAUAGAAGUGCUUCUCGCCCUGGGAAAUAUCUUUGCUUCCACUCAGUGUACCAUUAUGUGAUCAAGACUGAGGAGCGCUAGAGCAAUCAUGUGUGUGUCUGUAUAUAUUUUAUAUAAAAUCAAGGUUCUUGUAUCCAAUUAUGCACUUGCAUCAAACUUGUGAAAUAAUUUGUAGUCUUCACCUGCUGAAGCUGAACAAGGCUCACUAAAAUGGAGAGAGAGAGUCCAAUCACAGCGACACAGCGGCAGAGCUGGGAAAUGCUGGAGUGGGGAUACAAAAUUGGAAACUACUUGUCUCUUUCUUAGGAUAAAUCACAGUCUGACAUGUGUGCAAAAAACUUUCUUUUUGUAAUUUUAAU